AUGCGUUCCAGGCUCUAUUUGAGCCUUUUGAUUCUUUCAUUCUGUAUUUCUGUUCAAGCGGAUUUGAAUUUAUACAAUACAGAUGAAAUAAAUAAUAAUGGUAUUGAUUUAUUACAAUAUAAUUGUUUACGUAUUAGCAUUGAUGCUUCAUUAGAACGUUAUUCUAGUUUGCUUGAGAUGUUAUCUUUUUGUAUGAACGAAGAAACAUCGAGAAUUUAUGUCGAACCUGAAAUAUCUCUUUCAAAUUUUACCUUUGCUGAACUUUCCAAGCGCAAUGUAACUGGUGAACAAUUAUAUUAUUGGUCAACACCAAUUGAUGCUAUUGAACGCUAUGAAUUAUAUUUAAUAUCAAAUAAUGAAACGAUGGGAAACGAGAUCUAUUAUAAUUGUACAUUACCGAGAUUUGGUCCAAUAUGCCAAUAUGAAUUGGAUCACUUUGAUAUAAAUAGACAUUCUAACUUUUAUAUUCAAAGGUUUUAUGAUCGUCUAGGUUCCUCUUCAAAUAAUUUAACUUGUUACAUUCAUAUAAAAUGCGAUCGUGGUCCAUAUCCAUCUUGUUUAGAUUGGAGUGAAAUAUGUGAUGGAAUAAUUAACUGUCUUGAUUAUCCAUUUGAUGAAGAACAUUGUUCGCAAAUAGAUAUCAAUGACGCAACAUAUAGACGUGACAAUCAGGCUAAAGGCGGAUCGGGGUGGCUUAAUCAGUUGCCAACUGCUACAAACGAAGAUGUUAAAUGUAAUUAUUCACCAUUAUCUAGUUCUUGUUGGAUAGAGCGCCAUGAUAAAUUACUGGAAAUUAUGUUUUCUAUCAAAGAUAACUCAACAUCGGACGAUUGUUGGUUAGCAUUUAGAUGUAUCACUCCAUUGUUAUCUUUACUGUAUUUAAUUUGUGAUGAAUUUUGUUUACGUGAUCAAUGUAUUCAAAUCAUUGGAAAGAAAUGUCCACCGAUGUUUCACAUGCCAAUUAUCCCGAUUUUGUAUCCAAAUAUUUAUCUUGCUUAUAAAAAAAUUGAUACAGAAAUGUUUCUCGAUCACCAAUUUCUAAAUACUUAUAUUUGUUAUGAUAAUAAUUCUUUGUAUGAUAAUUAUUUUCAAAAUCAUUCAAUGAUUCUAUUUAAGAAUAGAAAAUGUUAUCGUUUCAAACAUUCUUUUUCUCUUUUGAGUCCUGAUUCUUUUUAUCAUUAUUUGAACUUAAUAUAUGAUACAUUUUAUCCUUUCAAUCAACAACUUUCAAAUUCAUUUUCUUCGUCAUCUAAAAAGAAAAUAGUUAUAGAUUCACAUAUGACAUCAUUUAGAUCUAUUGUCUUAACCAACGAAAGUUCUUAUGUAGGUUCAUGUCCUUUGAUUACUUCGAUUCCAACAUUGUUUUGGGCAAAAAAAACUUUUAUACAUGAUGGUGAAUAUAUUUAUUACCUUUGUUUAGAUGAAGAGAGUAUGGUUUCAAGAAAAAAUUAUAUUAGAUUUCCGUUGAUAUGUAAUGGAUUUGAUGAAUUAUCACCAACAAUGAUUGAUGGACGAAAUCAAACUGAUGAAACUGAAUGCAAUAAUUGGCCGUGUAACACCAUAUAUACACGUUGUGAUAGAUUUUGGAAUUGUUUAAAUGGUGAAGAUGAAAUUGGAUGUGAUGAAUCACCACUAUUAAAUUGUUCGUCUAAUGAGCACAUUUGUUUUUCAUCGUCUACAAAGAAUUUAAUAUGUUUAAAUAUUGACAAAACAAAUGAUGGUCAAAUUGAUUGUCUUGGUGCUCUCGAUGAACCAACAACAUGUCAAAGAAAUUCUCAAUAUGUCACAAACAAAUUUUAUUGUACACGAAACAAUUCAAGGAUGUGUAUCUUGGGAACCAAUAAUUGUCACACUGCCGAUAUAGUUGAUAGUGGCAUGAUGAAUUGUGAAGAAUUCCAUUUUCUAUCAUUAAAUAGAACUUCUGAAGAUCGGUUACAAUCUAAAAAAGAUUAUCAAUCAAUGCUUUGUAAAAUGUAUAUAAAAACUCUUCAGCCUAGAUUAGCCUUUUCAUUAGGUAAAACAAAAGAAUCAACUACAAAUUUAUUGAUUUCAACUAAACAAUCUGUCAAUAAAUUGUCUUUUGAUAGAUUAGCACAUUUAUGUCAUCGUGGACUUUCUUUACGUGUUUGGUCGAAUAAGAAUGAAUCAAAAGUCGUAUGUCUUUGUCCACAUGCUUAUUAUGGUUCGAAAUGUCAAUAUCAAAAUCAACGAACUAGUUUUUCAAUUAAAUUUCAGUUAUUAUCAUUUAUGAGAGAAAUUCCAUUUGAAAUAAUUAUUUUUCUUAUUGAAAAUAAUAAUCAAAGAAUUAUUCAUUCAUAUGUACAAUUUAUGUAUGUGCGUAUUAGAGAUUGUAGAACAAAAUUUGGUGCCCAUUUACUUUACUCAACACGAUCAAAAAAUCUAACUCAAAAUUAUUUCAUACAUAUUGAUAUUUACGAUAAAACUUCAUCAAUUUAUCAUGGAAGUUUUUUAUAUCCAAUUAUAAAUUCAUUUUUACCUGUUCAUCGUCGAAAUUUAACGAUUGAUAUUCCUUCAUUAAAUCAUAAAAUCCAAUAUUGUUCAAAAAAACAUCAUUGCAUUCAUGGCAAAUGUAUUAAAUAUUUAAAUACUGAACAAGAUGCGAAUUUUUGUCAAUGCGAUCCAGGAUGGUCUGGACAAUAUUGUACCAUUUCACAUUUAAUUCAUUGUAAAUGUUCACCCGAUUCAACAUGUCUUGGUAUUGAUGCGCAUAAUCGAUCGAUAUGUCUUUGUCCAUUACAUAAAAUUGGCUCUCGAUGUUUAAUUACUAACCGAAUAUGCGAAAAGAAUGAUAAUUCAACAUGCCAUGGUCAUGGCCAAUGCAUUCCAAUGGAUUUACAUAGAAGAAUAAUAUAUCCAUUUCAUUGUAUUUGCUCGAAAGGUUUUAGUGGUGGUCGUUGUCAAAUUAAAGAUAAUGAAAUACAUUUAUUGUUUGAAAAAAAUUUUUUUUUAUCGUCAGCACUAUUUAUUCAUUUUAUUCAACUUGAUGGUCCUAAUCCACCAAUAUCAAAUACAAUUGUCAAAACAAUUUCUUCUCUUGAUAAUUCACUUAUUAUUUAUUGGUCUGAUCAAUUUAAUCUUGUUUUUAUCGAAGAUCUUAAAAGGAAUUAUUAUUUAAUUACAAUUCAAAAAGAUGAUAUUGAAGGACAAAAACUAAUAGAACAAGUUAAUUCAUCAAAUCGUUGCUCACAUAUCAAUGAACUAUUUAAUAAAACCAUUUUAGGAUAUUCUCAUCUUCAACGUAUGAAAUAUUAUCAUUUACCAUGUCAAGACUCUUUAUUAAAUCUUUCAUGUUUUUAUGAUAAAGUUCAAUUAUGUUUUUGUUAUAAUCAUUAUGGCAAACGUUUAACAAAUUGUUUCGAAUAUAAUCAUACAAAGAUAUCUAAUUGUCCAAAUGAUGGUAUAUGUCAAAAUAAUGGAAAAUGUUUUCAAUCUAGAUCAGGAUGUCAGAAGAAAUCUGAAUGUUUUUGUGAUUCAUGUUUUUAUGGAAAACGAUGUCAAUUUAGUACAAAUGGAUUUAGCUUAUCACUUGAUAAUAUUUUAGGUUAUCAUAUUGAAUCAUCCACUAAUAUUAUUAAUCAAUCAAUUAUUAUUAAAAUAAGUAUUAUAUUAAAUAUAAUAUUUAUAAUAGUAGGUUUAAUUAAUGGUAUUUGUACCAUGAUAACAUUUCAAAAUAAAAGCUUACAUGAAAUUGGUUGUGUUCUAUAUUUAUUAUGUUCAUCAUUAACAACAUUGAUUAUAACAGUUUUAUUAGGAUUGAAAUUUUGGAUAUUUUUUUACGCACAAACAUCUUCAAUAACAAAUCGAUUAUUUUUACAAAUUCAAUGUAUUUCAUUAGAUUAUUUUCUUCGAGUUUUUCUUCAUAUAGAUCAAUGGUUAAAUGCAUGUAUUGCCUGUGAACGAGUUAUGAAUAUAAUUAAAGGAGUUCAUUUUAAUAGGAAAAAAAGUAAACAAGCAGCUAAAUUAGGGAUAAUUUUAGUUUUCAUUUGCAAUGUUUUAAUAUUUAUUCAUGAACCAAUUCAUCGACAUUUAAUCGAUGAAUAUGAUGAAGAAGAAAAUACAAAACGUAUAUGGUGUAUUGUUACUUAUUCAUCUAAUUUACAAAUUUAUAAUACAAUUAUUAGUACAUUUCAAUUUUUUGUUCCAUUUCUAAUUAAUUUAGUUUGUGCUUUUAUUUUGAUUACGAAAAAAUCGUUGAACCAAGUAAAUAUUCAGAAAAAACAAAAUCUUAAAGAUAUUUUACGCAAAAAUUAUCAAGAACAUAAACAUUUAUUUAUUUCACCUGUUAUAUUAACUUGUCUUGCAAUACCACGUUUAAUUCUUACUUACAUAUCAAAAUGUAUGGAAUCAAGUAAUGAUUCAUGGUUAUUUCUUUGUGGAUAUUUUAUUUCAUUUAUUCCAGCUAUGUUAACUUUUAUCAUUUUUGUUUUACCAUCGAAAUUUUAUCAAAAAGAAUUUUCCAAAUCUAUUCGUCGAUAUCAAAAUGCUAUACAACGAUGUUACCGUAUUUCAUCAUAA